AUGGAAAUUCAUGAAUAGCCAAUAAUCAAUUUGUUGUCUUUCUUGCAUUUGCAGAAUCCAAUUGGAGAUUAUUUCUUAUCUGCGAAUGUUCCAGACACAAUAUUUUACGAGAAUUCAAUUCCUAAAUAAUGGUUUUUCAGUAAGAAAGCUCAGGUGAGAAUGAAAUCAAGAAUCAAAUUGGAUGAUAAUUACAUUAGUUAAUACUUUUUAGAAUUAAAUCAAGAAAUAGUGGCUAUUUGGAGAACCAAAUCAGAAUUACAAAUUUUUAACAAGGAGAGUUUAAGUAAAUUCUUUUAGCAUGAAGGCUAAAAAGAUGGCAUUCUUUAAAGGUUCGUUUAUCCAAAGGGGAACUAUAAUUUCACAAUAUUAAUUUAAUGGUGUUAGAAUUAAUCACUAUUUGAAAAGUUUGAGAGCAAAUUCAUGCUAUCUGAUAAAACAGUCGAUAUUUAUCAAAGAGCAUUAACUCAUGAAAGAGAUGGAACACUGGCUUAAUAGAUUAAUAGUAAAUCUUUGACAGAGAGAUUAGAGCAUUUUAGUGGAGCAAUUGCUACUCAUGGUAAUGAUUUAAUGAAGUGGAAAUCUAAAAUUAUUAGAAUGACAUUGGAAAUCAAAAUAGAUAACUCUGGUUAGAUUUGGCUUACUAAUUGUGUUCUUAUGAAAUGGUCUACCUAGGAAUAAGUGUAAAUGAAAUCUCUUAGUCUUCCUUAAUUUAUUGAUUAAGAAAAGUUAGUACUCAAAUAACAUAAGAAUAUAAUGAAAGACUGUCAUUGUGAGAUGUGUGAUACUUUAUUUCAUAGAAAUGAUUUAUUGAAGACAUAGAUAAAAAAUAUUAUUGAGAGUUGGAAAUUCGAUCAUAUGGGCGAUAAUGAUAAAUUAUUUGUAACAAAGAAAUAAGAAGUAUUACUCAGAAAAAAAACUAUGGCUGAAAAAUUAGAUGUAAGAUAAGAUAUAGAAUUGAGAUAAGUUAAUUAAAAUUAUUUGAUACCAACUUUUAUCAGAAAGAUCUUUCCUAAAUUAAAAUAUUCAUAAUAUAAAGAAUUAUUGGGUAAUCCAGGAUUUCUAGAAAUGGAAUUUAAUGUUUGCUAUAAUUGUCAUGUUCAAAUUGACAAAGGUGUCAAUGUAUCAUAAGAUCUAAGUAAAUUAGCAAAGUAAGAAAUGCUAUGUCCAGCCACUUAUCGAGGCCUCCAAAAAUUGAGACCUGAAAUGUUGAAGGAACGUUUAAAUAACACAAGAAGAGAGAUAUUAAGGAAAAUAGCUAAUCAUGGUCAUCGGAGUGAGAGAAUUCCUAUUAUUUCGACAAAACAUUUUAAUUCAACAAAUACAAGCAGAAUUGUUGGCAUUUCUCCUAUAAAAAGCAUGAUCACUACUAUAAUGCCAAAAUAUUCUGUAAUAACUCUAGAUACAAAAGGAAAUAAGAAUGCUACAACAAGAACACACUCAAGAAGAGCUAGUGAUUUGAAAUGA